AUGUCUGCUCGUUGGCAAGAACUCGUUGCUGACAAGAAGCUGCGUCAGACCGCGUCUAUCCCUAAGAUAUGGCUCAUCACCUCUCCUCCCGAUUCCGUUCUCGACGUCAGAAAGGUUCCCGACGAGUGUGGCUUGCUCACUCCGAAGGAGGUCGUUAUUACGAACACGAUCGAAGUGCAGACCAUCCUUGCGAACCUGGCCACCGGCAAAUGGACGUCGCUCGAGGUCACACUCGCCUUCUACAAGCGCGCUAUUAUCGCACAGCAGCUGGCAAGCCUUGUAAACUGUCUGACAGAAAUCUUUGUCGAACGCGCGCUGGCUCGGGCCAAGGAGCUUGAUGAACAGCUCAAGGCUACUGGGAAAUUAGCCGGUCCUCUUCACGGGUUGCCUAUCUCGCUCAAGGACCAGCUCUCCAUGAAGGGACUAGAGACGACGAUGGGAUAUGUCUCCUGGAUCGGCAAGUAUGCGGAGAGGGAUUCAGUCUUGGUUCGGAUCCUCUACGAAGCUGGAGCCGUCCCCUUCGUCCGUACCAACGUUCCACAAACACUCAUGUGGUCUGAAACGUACAACGAAGUGUUCGGCAGGACCUUGAACCCGGCGAACAGGAAGCUCACCUCUGGAGGCUCAUCCGGAGGCGAAGGCGCUCUUAUGGGCAUGAAAGGUAGCCCCUUGGGCGUGGGCUCCGAUAUUGGAGGCUCCAUCCGUAUCCCUGCCGGAUACAAUGGACUUUAUGGCCUCCGACCUUCAUAUGGCCGCUUACCCUAUGCGGGAGCUACGAACUCCCUAGAGGGCCAGGAUUCCAUACCAUCCGUCCUGGGCCCGUUGUCGAAUUCGAUGUCGGGAAUCAAAAUCUUCAUGCAGGCCGUGAGCGCAUCUAAGCCAUGGCUGAAGGAUUCACUCGCACGAUAUGCGCCAUGGGACGCGUCUCAGUACACUCUCGCAGAGCACGGCGGUGGCAAGAAGCUUUGUUUUGCGAUCAUGUGGAAUGACGGACAGACUAUCCCUCACCCCCCGGUCAUUCGUGCACUCGAAAUGACCAAAAACGCCGUACUUGCUGCCGGGCAUAAAGUCGUUGAUUGGCAGCCGUACAAGCACAAGGAAAUCUGUGGCGCGGUGUAUAGCAUCUGGACCGCAGGGUCCAAGGAAGAUUAUGCUUCCGUCGCAGAUAUCACAGGCGAGCCUGUCUUAAAUACCAUGGAGAUUGAGGCCGAACACGGCAGUGCUCCGAACUCCUUCCUACCUCAUCAGGAAAACGUGACUGCCCACAAACUCUGGCAGACCCAGAAGGCCAGGACCGCAUGGCGCCAGGAGUAUCUCGAGCAUUGGAACGAGACUGGCAGGGUAACUGGUACUGGCAGGCCAGUAGACGCCGUAAUCUCACCCAUAUCGCCCUACGGAGGCGCACCUCCUCACGGCAAGAGCCGUAAUGUGGAUUACACUGCGGUAUGGAACGGUCUCGACUACUCCGCAUGCGUCUUUCCCACUACUAGGGUUCAUGCUACCCUCGACAUGAAGAAGUCUCCCCACCAGUUCCUCAACGAACGGGACAAGACUCACUACAGCAUGUGGGACCCCCAAACGUUCUGGAACGCGCCUGUUAGCCUUCAACUCGUCGGACGUUGCCAGGAGGAAGAGGCAGUCAUCGCUAUGACCGAGAUCGUCGAUGCCGCGCUGAAGAAGCAACAGGUGUCUAAGCUUUGA